UACACUUACUCCCAUCAGUUACGAAAGACUCGGCAGCAGGUUUCAAAAUGUUGCGCUGGAUCAGUUUUCUGUCAAUGUUUAGUUUUGUCGCUUUUGAUGAAUCCACUCGUGAGAUACUUGUGAUAGGAAAAAAGGACCAUAACGUAACCUUGCCAUGUAAUGCUACAAGCAAUCAGAGUUUUGAUAUUCAUUUCUAUAAUCGGACAAAAAAAAUGAAUGUUUGCCAGAGCGAAGAAUGUAAUGGCCCUGUUUUUAAAAGUGGAAAUUGUGACAUCGUCCUGAAGAAUGUGACGUUUACUGAUGCUGGAAAAUACAGUUUAAAAAUCUAUCUUACUGAUUCUGACACAGUAUCAAAAGUACUUUUCGAUGGAACUUACCAACUUCAAAUUGAUGAUGAAACUUCUGUGAAGAAGGGUGAUGAUCUAAUCCUGGAUGUUGUGCUGAGUAAUGCUGACAUAGUGGAGCAUCAACUCAACACCAGCUCAGAGUGGAUAUCAGUGUGGAAGAGAGGAGAGGACCCCACUGGUCGAGUGACGGACAUUAAUGGGGUGCUGAACAUCACAGGGUUUACAGACAGUGAUGCUGGAAUAUACAGAGUUUUGAACUCAAAUGAACAAAUCUUGAUCAAAAUAAAUGUCACAGAAAAUGUUACAGCGUCUGGUAAAGAGAGCAUCCAGGACAACACAACACUCUCCACUAGAUUGAUAGGAGUGAUUGUGUCUGUUCUUGUUCCUGUUUGUGUUGUGAUUGUUAUUGUUGUUAUUUACUUUUGCUGCUGCAAGAACAAAUAUCAAAGCACCAACAGGUCUGAAGAAGAUUCUGUCAACAUGGAAAAUCUGAACUGAUUGAUUCACUGAAUCUAUUAACUACUUCACAACAAAUUGGAAAGUAUAUAUGUUAGUAAAACAUUCUGUGAAGAAUUUGUGUCAAACUGUGAAUGGAAAAAUAGUUUUGUACAAA